AUGGCAGCUUCGUCGACCCGGCUGCGAUGCUUAUACGCAUCAUCCUCAGCAUGGAAGAAAUCUCCGUCCCAACCACUAAUCUCCCUAUCUCGCCACUACGCGACAACCAGCUCUACACCCUCAACUCCAUCACUAAGCUCCGAGGCAACCCCUAAAAGACGCAAAACAACCACAUUCAAAGACAAACUCAACGCCGGCCCUUCCUUCGCCGACUUCGUCAGCGGCAAUGGAGACCCCAACAACGCUCCUCUCGACCCCCAGGACGCCUACGCCAUCGAAACGGUCAUGAUCCCAGGCCCCGCAGGUCGUGGCAAGAAGGAACAUACCCGUCUCCCCUCAUGGCUCAAGACGCCCAUCCCAGACUCUACAAAUUACAAACGUAUCAAGAAGGAUUUGAGAGGGUUGAAGCUGAACACCGUUUGCGAGGAAGCGCGCUGUCCCAAUAUUUCGGAUUGUUGGGGUGGAAGCGAUAAGUCUGCGGCGACGGCGACGAUUAUGUUGAUGGGUGAUUCGUGCACUCGUGGUUGCAGAUUCUGUAGCGUCAAGACUCUACGGACGCCAGGACCGCUAGACCCUCAUGAACCCGAAAAUACAGCCGAGGCGCUUUCGCGCUGGGGAUUGGGCUACGUCGUGCUCACAAGCGUGGAUCGCGACGAUCUCUCCGAUGGUGGCGCACACCACUUCGCUGAAACAGUCAUGAAAAUCAAGCAGAAAGCUCCGGGUAUCCUCGUCGAAUGUCUCACGGGCGAUUUCGCCGGUGAUCUCGACAUGGUCUCCCUCGUCGCCAAAUCUGGCUUGGAUGUCUACGCUCACAACGUCGAGACCGUCGAAGCCCUAACGCCACAUGUCCGCGACCGCCGCGCAACAUUCCAGCAGUCUCUAAGAGUCCUCGAAGCUGCGAAACGCGCCAAACCGUCUCUUAUCACAAAGACAUCUAUGAUGCUCGGUUUCGGCGAAACAGAAGAGCAAAUGUGGGAUGCGUUGCGGCAACUGCGCGCUUCGAAUGUUGACGUGGUCACUUUUGGGCAGUAUAUGCGGCCCACGAAGAGACAUAUGGCAGUGCACGAGUACGUCACGCCCGAUAAAUUUGAAUUGUGGAGACAGCGGGCCUUGGAGAUGGGGUUCUUGUAUGUUGCGUCGGGUCCGUUGGUGAGGAGUAGUUAUAAGGCUGGAGAGGCUUUUAUUGAGAAUGUGUUAAAGAAGAGGAGGGGUGUUGGGAAUACACCGGGUGCUGAGGUGACGGCUGAGGUGCCGGUGGAUGUGCUUGCGAAGUAG